AUGUUAAAGCUUCAUAUUUUGUCUUCUAGAGCUGCUGGGUUAUGUUGGCCAGAUGGUAACGGAAACUAUAUAGUCCGCUUGAAUAAACCCCUCCUUGAACAGCGACCACGAAGAAAUACAGCAGAAAUCCUCCUGCAUGAAAUGAUUCACGUGUAUCAGUUUGUCACUUGUGCUCGUGACUUGGAUCAUGGGGCAUCAUUUCAAUACCAUUGUAGGCGCAUUAAAAAACUGACUGGAGUCAAAAUUACAACCUACCACCAGUUUCAUAAAGAAUAUGAUGAACUGAAGCGCCAUUGGUGGAUAUGCCAGGGACCAUGUGGAGAACUCGUAAGAAGAACUAUGAACCGGCCACCAUGCACAAAAGCACAUAAACGGAAAUGUGGAGGAGAUUUUGUAAAGAUUCAAGAGCCAAAUGAAAGUCCUGCAAAGAAGAAAAGGAAAAUAUGAACUACAGAAUAUUGUUUCAAAAACAGAAAGGCUCUUGACUACUGAAAUGAACCAGAAUGCAGAAGACUAGAACUGCCGUUGUACAUUUACAGAGAACCGUUUUUCAACUGUCUAUUAAUUAUAUGUAUU